GGUGUCGCGAGAAGCAGCAGCUGGGGGCGGCUGCGCGGACAAACGGAAGUGUAGGUGACGGUCUGAGACAUCACCGCCAAGCUGGGAACCGGGGAGAUGGCCGAGACAGACCCCAAGACCGUGCAGGAUCUCACCUCGGUGGUGCAGACUCUUCUGCAACAGAUGCAGGAUAAAUUUCAGACCAUGUCCGACCAGAUCAUUGGAAGAAUUGAUGAUAUGAGUAGUCGCAUUGACGACUUGGAGAAAAACAUCGCAGACCUCAUGACACAGGCUGGAGUGGAAGAGCUGGAAGGAGAAAACAAGAUACCUGCAGCACAGAAGAGUUGAAGGUUGCUAAUUUACAUUGAAAUCAGGAACCCAUUUUCACAAGCCAAGAGAACACUGAGUGACUAUUUGCAACUAACUUCUAUGUGUUGGCAGGUUUUAUAUUAUAAAGUGUACGUUCUUACUGUAUACUACACAGGUAGUUUAUAGAGUGAUUUUUCCCCCCUCUGAGUUUCUUGAACAUGAUACCUUCACAUCUUGGACCUUGGUCAGUUAUGCUCUUAAAUAUUAAACACUAAAACUUUGGCAGUUCCUGCAUAAAUUGUCAAAAUUUUUAGUGUAUUUUUGUGAAGUCAUUUUUUUUCUAUUGUUCCUUUUGUAGUAGUUACUGUUUGAUAAAAGUUGCUGUGGAAUUUUUUUAUUAGACAAAGAGUAGAUCCUUGUAUUAUUAGACUUUGUGAAGUAAGACUUUGUGUGGGAUUCUUUAAUUCUGCACCCUGAGUGAGUAUUGAACUGACCUCAAGUAGUGUUUUGGCAAUAUUUUUCAAGCGUUUAAAAAUAUUUCACAAUUCUUCAGAAAUACCUGGUACUACGCUAUUGCCAAAACUCAGAAUUUAACCUCUGUUACAUCUCUUAAUUUCCUGAGUUCAGAUGCUGCGUCACAAAGAAUCCCCACUGCCAUUUAGUGUUAGAAUUUUUAAAUACAGAAAAUAACAGAAUUGCCUAAUGUAAUGAGGCAUUCAUUAGUUAAAAGUUUUGCAUGAAAUCAGAAUAGUUCCAUCGAGCCCUGCAUUGUUUACUUAUAAUACUUACCAUAGAAAAUCUGGCAGGAUUCUAAAACUCAAUUAUUCCAUUCUCUCCUUGAGCUGUGAAUUGAGAAAAGAAUCAGGAAAGGGAAACAUUUUAACUUCUUGCCAGUUGCAUGACUAGAAAAUGAUUAAAUGAUUUGAAGUAGACUCAAGUUUUUAAGAAAGGUUGUUUAUUUAAACUAUUUCUUACCUAAAUAGGUGCAGAGUAAAGAUUGUAUUAUUGAUUAGAGAGGACAGGGAUGGUAGCCCUCAGGAGGCCUUGCCUGAGGCGUGUCAGCACAGUGACCUGAUGGGACAAGAGCAGGCAAGUGGAGGGCGGGAUGAGGACAAAAUGUAGUGUUGCAGAGGGGAACGCUUAGUGGACAUGAUAUGUUCCCUUAACCUUUCUGAUAGCCAGCCUUGAUUGAUGUAUUGCAAGUAUAUAAUAAUAGUAGGAAAUAAUUCAUCUCAUAAAUUAUGUGAGGAACACAAAGGAGUAAGCUUGGUGGAGAAUAGAGUGAAUUGGCUGCUGUGAUUACCAGCCUGCAGAACCUGCUUGGGCCAGUAGGUCUGGGCAGACACAACUGGCCCAGCGCCUCCAACUGACCAUAGAAAUCUAGGUGCAGGUGUCUUUGAGCACAGUGAAUGGCAGGUGGGAACCACCCGCCCACUGCCCAGGAGAAGUAGUAGGCAGUAAUGGGAGUUGGCUUCUUAAAUAGUGGAAAGAUUGCAAAGGGGAGCUCCUGUGCCCCUCAGCCAUGAAUAAAGGUGCCUGAAACUCUG